AUGAAGCAGCUCGUCUCCCAGGAUGCGCCCAAAAAGAUCAAGCACAUCCAGUUCGGUGUGCUGUCCAAGCAGGACAUCGUCAACAUGUCCGAAAUCGAAGUCACCACUAGAGAUCUCUACACCAUCGGCGAAGCAGAACGCAAACCUGUCGCAUACGGUACGCUCGAUCGACGCUUGGGUGUCUCGGACAAAAACUCGUUGUGCGAGACUUGUCACCUGAAGAUGGCCGAUUGCGUCGGUCACUACGGCUACAUCAAGCUCGUCCUUCCCGUCUUCCAUGUCGGCUUCUUCAAGCACACCGUCGCAAUCCUCCAGAGUAUCUGCAAGAACUGCGCUACCGUCCUCCUCGAAGAACCCGAUCGCCGAAAGUUCUUGAAACGCUUCCGUCGGCCUAAUCUCGAGAACCUCGAUCGCACCCGGACCUUCAAGGCAGUCAACACCAUCGCUCGUAAAGUCCUCUACUGUCCCAAGUGUGGCUACACCAACGGCACCGUCAAAAAACAAGGCCAGCUCAAAAUCGUCCACGAAAAGUUUCGUGCCAAGAAGACUGCAGCAGAGCAUGACGAGUUCAAGGCUUCCUUUGCCACCAACAUCAAAAUGGGCAACGGCGACAUCUCGCCACACCUCAACAAGGCACAGGAGGAUCUGAACCCGCUAAAGGCGCUCGACCUCUUCAAGCGUAUUUCGGACGAGGAUUGCGAGCUGCUCGGUUUACGCCCCGAGUUUGGUCGUCCCGAGGAAUACAUCUGGCAGUACAUUUGCGUGCCACCAGUCUGCAUUCGUCCCUCGGUUGCUCAGGACGGCGCCACUAACGAGGACGACGUCACAAUCAAGCUCACAGAAAUCAUCUUCACAAACAGUCUGCUCAAGCUCGGACUCGUCAGAGGCGGCAAGGGUACCACCACUAGUCAACUCGUACAGCAGUGGGAGUUCCUCCAGCUCACCGUCGCCCUCUACAUCAACUCGGAGCUGCCAGGUGUACCCACUCAGCCUGGCCAAAAGCCUAGCCGUGGGUUCUGUCAGCGACUCAAGGGCAAACAAGGUCGGUUCCGUGGAAACUUGUCGGGAAAGCGUGUCGAUUUCUCCGGAAGAACCGUCAUUGGUCCCGACCCAAACCUCAAGAUCGACGAAGUUGCCGUGCCACAAAGGGUUGCCAAAAUUCUCACCUAUCCAGAGCGAGUGUUUGAGCACAACAUCGAGCAAUUGCGGCAGGCCGUUCGCAACGGCACAGACGUCCAUCCAGGCGCCAACUACCUCAUGGACGGUAAAACGGGCUUCAAACGUUUCCUCAAGUUCCCAGGUAUGCGCGAGGAGCUCGCCUCAAAGCUGCGCGUUGGCGACAUUGUCGAGCGUCACAUCCGAGACGGCGACAUUGUCCUCUUCAACCGACAGCCCUCGCUCCACAAGCUCUCGAUCAUGUCGCACAGAGCCAAGAUCCGGCCAUGGCGUACCUUCCGUCUCAAUGAGUGUGCCUGCAACCCGUACAACGCCGAUUUCGACGGAGACGAGAUGAAUAUGCAUGUUCCGCAGACCGAGGAGGCCAGGACAGAGGCCACCGUCCUCAUGGGCGUCAAGCACAACCUCGUCACUCCGCGAAACGGAGAGCCCAUCAUCGCUGCCAUCCAGGAUUUCAUCACAGCCUCUUACCUCAUCUCGAAACGCGAUCGAUUCUUUGAUCGAGCGCAAUUCUCGCAGAUCUGCAGCUAUUUCGCCGACGCUGAUCUUCAGAUCGACGUCCCUCCGCCUGCCAUCAUGAAGCCUGUCCGCCUAUGGACCGGCAAGCAAGUCAUGUCGUGCCUCAUCCGUCCCAACCGCAAGAGCCCGCAUCUCGUCAACCUCGAGGCGCAAUGUCGAACUUUCGAGAAGCCAACGGGUGGCCAUCCCAAGGACAUGUCGCCCAACGAUGGCUGGCUCGUCAUCAUCAACAGCGAGGUCAUGUGCGGAGUGUUCGACAAGUCGACCGUCGGUGACGGCAAGAAGAACUCGGUGUUUGGCGUCAUGCUGCGCGACUAUGGUCCCGAUGCGGCCAUCACUGCCAUGAACCGUCUCGCAAAGACGUGUGCGCGUUGGCUCACCAACCAAGGCUUCUCGCUCGGAAUCAGCGACGUCAUUCCCGGUCCUAAUCUGCGCGACAACAAGGACGCAAAGGUUGAGGCUGCCUACGCUGAAUGUCUCGACUUGAUCGAGAAGGCCAAACAUGGCAAGCUCGAGAAUCUUCCAGGUUGCGAUCAAGAGCAGACGCUCGAAAACAUGAUCUCCGGUGUUCUCUCAGGCGUCCGAAGUGACGUGGGCGAGAUUUGCAUGACCGAGUUGAGCCGGCACAACGCACCGCUAGUCAUGGCGGUUUGCGGUUCCAAAGGUUCCAAGAUCAACGUGGCACAAAUGGUCGCCUGUGUGGGUCAGCAAAUCAUCGCCGGUUCACGUGUGCCGAAUGGCUUCCAGGAUCGAUCGCUUCCCCACUUUCCCAAGAAGUCUAAAGACCCGCCCUCUAAAGGUUUCGUGCGCAACUCGUUCUUCAGCGGCCUCGCGCCGACCGAAUUUCUGUUCCACGCCAUCUCCGGUCGUGAAGGUUUGGUCGACACUGCGGUCAAGACGGCAGAGACCGGAUACAUGCAGCGUCGUCUCAUGAAGGCGCUCGAGGAUCUGUCGACGCAUUACGACCUCAGUGUGCGCAACUCGGUUGGCGGUGUGGUGCAGUUCAUCUACGGAGACGACGGAUUGGACCCAGCUGAGCUCGAAGGCAACGCGAUGCCCAUCGAGCCCUUCCGACUGUGGCGCCACUGCUUGGCGAUCACGCACCACGUCGAGGGUCGCGGGCUCUAUCCUUACGAGAUCAUGGAGGUAGUAGAGCGCGAGCUCAACAGCGAUCGCUUCGUCAAGACUUGCACGCAAAAGUACCGCGACUCGGUACGCGAAUUCCUCCGCGAGAACGUGUACAAGCGGGCCGUCCAGGUGCGCGAGGCAUUUGGCAUGUACGGCGCAGAGGAGCGCGAGGAGCAUUGGGACGAGCAAACCGAUCUUUCGAUUGGUGCCGAUCGCGAUCAAUGGGCCAUCGUCAACAACAAGAGCAAGAUCAAGGAGGUGGCAAUUCUCGAAUUCCUUCAGCAGUGUUACAUCAAAUAUAUGAAGGCCAAGAUCGAACCCGGCUCGGCUGUGGGCGCCGUUGGCGCCCAGUCGAUCGGAGAGCCAGGCACGCAGAUGACGCUCAAGACGUUCCAUUUCGCCGGUGUGGCAUCGAUGAACGUCACGCUGGGUGUGCCGCGUAUCAAGGAGAUCAUCAACGCAGCCAAGUCGAUCAACACGCCCAUCAUCGAGGCCAAGCUGGUGUCCGAGAAAUCGGAGCGAGCAGCGCGAAUCGUCAAGGGUCGCAUCGAAAAGACGUACCUGGGCGACAUUGCCUCGGUCAUUGAAGAAGCGUGGGCGGCGCAGUACACGUACUUGGGCGUCCACAUCGACAUGGAGGCGAUCCAGAAACUGCAGCUCGAGAUCACGCUCAACGACAUCAAGUGGGCGAUCGUCAACGCGCCCAAGCUCAAGAUCAAGGAGGAGCGCGUGAUGGUGGUGCCAAAGAAAAACCGCAUCCGCAUCUACGUGCCGCCCGAAGGCGUCGAUAAGGAGAGCGAGGUGUACUACAACCUCAAAGCGCUCAAGCGUGCGCUCCCUUCGAUCGUGGUCAAGGGCAUUCCGCAGGCCACGCGUGCUGUCAUCUCGGACGAAAAGGGCACGCGCAAACUGCUCGUAGAAGGCUACGGCCUGCUCAAGGUCAUGACCACCGAGGGAGUCAUUGGAACCCAGACGCACACGAACCACGUGAUGGAGAUGCAGUCGGUGCUGGGUAUCGAGGCCGCGCGUACAUCCGUCUACCGCGAGAUCGAACACACCAUGUCGGCGCACGGUAUGAGCAUCGAUCCACGCCACAUCAUGCUGCUGGCGGAUACGAUGACGUACAAGGGCGAGGUGCUGGGUAUCACGCGCUUCGGUGUGGCUAAGAUGAAGGACAGCGUGCUGAUGCUGGCGAGUUUCGAGAAGACGACGGACCACUUGUUCGACGCUGCGCUGUUUGGCAAGAAGGAUGAGGUGCUCGGUGUGAGUGAGAGCAUCAUCAUGGGUAACCCGGCGCAGACCGUGGGUACGGGUAUGCCGGCGUUGGUGGUACCGGCGCCUGUGUUGCCACCUCGACGAACGUUGUUGUUCGAUCGCUAG